AAUAAUAACUUGCUCAUCUUUCUCUUGAUGUAAUUUGUGAUUAUUCUGAGGAACCAAAACAAGACAAUGGGGUGCAGUAUCUUAGUACCAGAUAUUGUUCCUUCUCCAAUCCGAGAUGCUGAAACACUUAGGAAAUCAUUCAAAGGACAUUUUCUUGGACUGGGAACCGAUGAGAAAGCGAUAGUAAGUGUGUUGGGACAUAGAAAUGCAAGUCAGAGGAAGAAGAUUAAAGAAGCAUAUCAGCAGCUUUAUGACAAAUCCCUUAUUGAUGAUCUUCAUUCUGAAUUAUCUGGUGAUUUCAGGAAGGCAGUGAUCCUCUGGACAUAUGAUCCUCCUGAACGAGAUGCGAGGCUAGUGAAUGAGGUUUUAAAUUCAUGGAUGCAUGACAUAACCCGUCUACAAGUGAUGGUAGAGAUAGCCUGUGCAUCUACUCCUGAUCAUCUGAUUGCUGUGAGACAAGCGUAUUGUGCUCUCUUUGGCUGUUCACUUGAAGAAGAUAUCAUAGCACAUGCCUCUAUUCCUGUCCAAAAGGUUCUAAUCAGUCUAGUCAGUUCCUACAGAUACAACAAGCAAUUAGUCGACCAUAGUAUUGCUAAUCUAGAGGCUUCAAAGCUUCGUGAAGCCACUAGAACAAAACAAUUAGAUUGUGACGAACUUGUCCUGAUACUCAGCACCAGGAACAUUCAUCAGCUUAAGGCAACAUUCGAGUGCUAUAAGCAAAACUAUGGAUUCUCCAUUGAUCAGGAUAUAACGAAUUGUGGCGAAGGUCUCUUAGAAUCUAUCUUGAAAGUGGUUAUCUGGUGCAUAGACUCCCCGGAGAAGCAUUUUGCUGAGGUCAUAAAGGGCUCCACGGAUGGGCUUGGAACUGACGAGGAUUCUCUGACUAGAACCAUUGUAACUAGAGCUGAAAUUGAUAUGAUGAAAGUUAAGGAAGAAUAUGUUAAAAUGAAGAAUACUACUCUUGAAUAUGCAGUAGCUGAUGACACAUCAGGUUACUACAAGGAGUUCCUGAUGACCCUGCUCGGGGCCAGUGAGUAGUUUGUAGUAUUAGCAUCCUUUAUCAUUGGUAAUUUCAAGAAUUGGUGAUAUUGUCAUUUAACUUUAUUUCCUUUCAAUAGCGAUUAGCGUUUGUGGUUUGGCCCUUCCUCGGAUACUGCGCAUAGCGCAAAUUUAGUGCACGGGGUGGUUGUGCGCAUAGCGCAAAUUUAGUGCACGGGGUGGUUGUUUUUCUUUUUGCUUUGAAGUUGAUGUAUCACACUGACUUCUGAGAGUGAUCUUUGAUA